ACCCGCUACCCGGCGCAGCGCAACGCAGCCGCAGCAGAGUCGAGGAACUCACAGCAGGCCAUGGGCAAAUCAGCUUCCAAACAGUUUAACAACGAGGUCCUGAAGGCCCACAACGAGUACCGGGCUCAGCACGGUGUCCCGCCACUGAAGCUUUGUAAGAAGCUCAACCGGGAAGCUCAGCAGUAUUCGGAAGCCCUGGCCAGCACAAGAAUUCUCAAGCACAGCCCAGAGUCCAGUCGUGGCCAGUGUGGGGAGAACCUUGCGUGGGCAUCCUACGAUCAGACAGGAAAGGACGUGGCUGAUAGGUGGUACAGUGAAAUCAAGAGCUACAACUUCCAGCAGCCUGGUUUUACCUCAGGGACUGGACACUUCACAGCCAUGAUAUGGAAGAAUACCAAGAAGAUAGGCGUGGGGAAGGCGUCUGCGAGUGAUGGGUCUUCCUUUGUGGUGGCCAGAUACUUUCCAGCAGGGAAUAUUGUCAACCAGGGCUUUUUCGAAGAGAAUGUCCCACCUCCAAAGAAGUAACUCACCAAAUGUAAUGAGAUGGAGACGAUAUAUGACGUGCCUCUAGAACCAUAAAAAGCCAGCGAGUGUCUGUCCCUGUGGGCGUAUGUACUUAUGUGUUUACCUGUGGGCAUCUUUUGUGACAGCUGCACGUGAGCUCAUUCUGAUUAAAGAAUGGGAAUCGGAAAUAUUUAUCUAGAGGGUUAGCUAGACCACAAUAAUUACUCAGAUUGGAUAAGGUUAAUUCUGACAUCCUUUUUCUGGUUUUGUUUUUUGUUUUGUUUUUGUUUGUUUUUUUCAAGGUAGGGUUUCUCUGUGUAGCCUUGGCUGCCCUAGGAUUUGUUCUGCAGGCCAGGCAGACCAGGAACUCACAGAGAUGCUCCUGCCUCUGCCUCCCAAGUGUGGGAUUAAAGGCACAAGUGGCUACUGCCUGUUUGGUUUUUGGUUUUUUUGGUUUGUUUUUUUUCUUUUUUCUCUUUUUCUUUUUUCUGUUAUUUUUAAAAUAGACUUCAUUUGAAACUUUAUUUCUAAUAUCCAUACUUGGACUUUGAGUAUUCUGAAUAUUUACCAUUCUGAGAAGUGAGGUCCUUUCAUAAGCUCUGCCUGCAUUGUAAUCUUCUUUUGGUAGAUAUUGAAGGGAUCAAAACAUCCUUUAGAGGUGACAUAAAGCAGCUUGUGUUAGAAACAUGUGUCCAGCUGCAUUUCACAGGAUCAGUGUGUGUUCUCAUUCUCAGUUGGAAGACAUGAUAUCAUCCUGCAUCCUCCGGGAUUCCCUAAUGUUAUUACCAAAGAGCAAAUGGAGAAGGAAAAAAGAGCCUUACAUCCUUGAAGUUUUUCAACCUUUAAAGAGCAAAUACCACAGCCACUAGCAUCUCUCACACCUCACAAUUUUUUUGUUUGUUUGGUUUUUUUUUUUUUUUUUUGGUUUGUUUGUUUUGUUUUUUAAGUUUCAUAGCUCACAGCCCUACUCUGGCUUUUGGGGGCGGAGCUAGGUCUGGAAUGCAGCCCCGCCCCCCACUCAUCUCGCAGACCCUCACACUGCCUGGGCUCUCCGCCAAGGCCUUGGACUAUGAAGUCAAUAUAGCAGAGAUGAAGGUGAACUUCACUUUGGGGCCCAGAAGGAAGCCCCAAAGCCUCUAUCCUUCCCCAUCCCUGCAGGCGGUGACCACCCAGGCCUGUCCCCAGCAGCUGUGGCUGCAGCUGCGUCUUGGCUUCCUCCCGAAUGUGUGACAAGCCCAAAUGCUCCCGGGAGGAGGCCCAAACAAGGAUAUUAGGGAUGCUAAUUUGAUCCUGUGUUUUGCCUCAAACUAUAUACAGUUCCCUCUGAAGAGCUGAUUUAACCAUGUCCACCGGGAGGAACCAAGCCAGAGGUUGAAUUGCGGAUCCCUGAAAUGGUGGUAUCUCCUCCUGCAAGGAGUCAAAGGGGUUGUUGGCCUAAUGACAGCAAGGCUGGCUGGUCUUUGUUACACUGUGAACAGUCCCACACUGCGCCACUUGGUUCAUCCAGGGAUAAUGACUAACGAGACAAUAAAAUCCUUUCCUUUUUGUGUAA